AUGCACAACGAACGCCGCGUCGUCGCCUUCGCAGUGGCCACUCGAGCGAGUGUGACGCUCCUGGCGCUGCUGACGUCGGCCGUCGUGACUCCCUACGACACGUCGUCCCACCUGCAGUCGGGCGGCUCCCCACUCGACCCGCUCAGCAACUGGGACGGCGUCUACUUCUCGCACAUCGCCUCGCACGGCUACGACUUUGAGCACUUUCACGCCUUCUUCCCGCUCUAUCCGCUGCUGACGCGCUCGUUGUCGCGCGUCGUACCGCUUUCUGCCGCUUCGGCAGUGAUCGCCAGCGGAUGGCUCAUCAGCAACGCGAGCUUUGUGCUGGCGGCGCUGUUUCUCUACCGCUUGGGCUGCGUCGAACUCGACGACGAGACCGUCGCCCGACGCGCGGCGUACCUCUUCUGUGUAGCUCCUUCGAGUAUCUUUAUGUCGGCGCUCUACUCGGAGAGCCUCAUGUGUCUCCUGAGCUUCAGCGGUAUGUACUUCCUGGCCAAACAUGCGCAUGCACGGGACGACACCCGUCGAGCCUUUCGAGACUUAGUGUACUGCGCGCUGUUGUUCGGCGCGGCCUCAGCGACGCGGUCCAACGGGGUCCUGCUCUCGUUGUUCAUUGCGUGGCAUCGACUGACGACUUCGCCUCCUCCGCGAGAGCUGCGUCGAUUCACCGGUCACUGGACACGAACGGCACUUCUCGGCGUGCUGGCUGUUGCCCCUCAGAUCGCGUACUUUGUCGCUUCGAUGGUACCGUAUUGUCCGUCACUAGUGCAGCGCUUCAGCGGCCACGUUGCGGGAGCUGGUGAGGUGGAGGACCGGAGCUGGUGCGCGCACGCGAUCCCGAAUGUGACUGCCAUGUACACGUUUAUCCAGAGAGAGUACUGGAACGUGGGUCUCUUGCGCUACUACGAGCUGAAGCAGUUGCCGAAUUUCCUUCUCGCUGCGCCGAUGCUGUCGCUCAGUCUGCAUGCGCUCCAGGGAUACUUUCGGGGUCGUGUCGUGCCUGGACGAUCGCGGGCGAUACGUCACUCAGCAACAGGAGCUCCUGGACGCAGCCAAGACACGGCGUUGACUCCGUAUUACACGCACUGGCUGUUCUUGGUCGUGAACGCCCUACUCGUCGUGCACAUCCAAGUGACGACGCGGCUGCUGUGCGCGUGUCCGCCGCUUUUCUGGCAUCCAGCCGCGCUGCUGUGUGACUCGGCCGAAGAGCAGAAAGCGGUUCCCGUUCUGACAACGUACGGCCGCGUCCUCGUGCGGUACUUUUUGCUGUUCACGAUAUUGGGCAGCGUCCUCUUCCCUUCGUUUUACCCGUGGACGUAG